GCAGCCCGAGACUGACACCAGGCCAUCACACGCAAUGGCGUACGCUCUCCACGAGCAGGCGUCGCAGGAGACCCUCGUGUCUCUGCUCCAGCUCGACCCAGCACCCAUAGAGUCUCCUUACGCCGAAGACGAGAAGCAUCUCCAGUUCUCACCUGAAGACGAUGCCGAGCACACAAAACCCACGACAGCUGGCUCACCAACGCCUCUCGGCCUCAGCCGUAGCACUAGCCAUGCUUCGCACAACUCCAUUUACUACCUCACCCGCAUCCAGAAAUACUCGUCCUACUUGAUCCCCGUCUUCACGACCAUCCACCUCGCCAACACCUCCCUGAUCCCUCUCAUCACUCGUUCCGUCCCCGCCUCCGAGACCUACCUCCUCCAGGCCCGCGAGCUCUACCAGACCGCCCUCACAGAGCCCCUCCUCGUCACCCUGCCCAUAGCCGCCCACAUCGCCUCGGGCCUCGCCCUGCGCCUGAUCCGCCGCUCCCAGAACCUCGCGCGCUACGGCGGCAGCACGCCGGGCAUGUACGCCCUCGCCCGCUCGCGCACAAACUCGCCCUCGCGGCACGGCAGCAGCAGCGGCGGCAGCAGCAACACCCACAGCCACAGCCACCACCACGUCAGCAACCCCCGCGGCAAGCCGCAGGCUCUGCGCAUCUGCCCGCCCCCUCAGCUGAAUCGCCACGUCAGGCUACGUCCUCGCCGGCCUGGUGGCGCCCCACGCAUGCGUCAACCCGCCUGCUGCCCCCUCUUAUGUCGAGGCCGACAGCUCCAACCUUUGCCUUAG